UCAGCUACUCCGCCAUUAAAUCCCUUCUUCCUUGCUCGACGUCUCGCGAAAAGCAAUUCAUCAAACACCUGUACUGCGUACGUCCCGGUUUCCUUCCUUCCUUCCUCGGCAAUGGCUGGAAGAGUGCGAGCAACAAUGUCUUCUCUGCUAAUCUUGUCUUCGGCUCUGAUUUUGCCGACUCUCGCUUCAGGAGGAGCCACGAAGGUGGUGCAAGGACAGAAAACCUGGUGCGUUGCCAAGCCGUCGGCGGAUGAAGCGACCUUGGCUGCAAACUUGAACUUUGCUUGCUCUCAGGAGGACUGCAGCGUACUGCAGAGGGGCUGGACUUGCUUCUACCCGGAUACUCUCGUGUCCCACGCUUCCGUCGCCAUGAACCUCUACUACCAAUCCAAGGGCAAGAACUACUGGAACUGCUACUUCAAGGGCUCGGCACUCAUCGUGACGACAGACCCGAGUUUCGGGAGCUGCGUCUACCCCUAUGCAUGAAGAAGAAGAACAGAGCUAAUAGGCGACUGAUGGGACCAAAUCUCCUACGCAGAUUUGCUUGGAUGGAUAAAGCCGCUGUCCUCUUGCUUGUUUGUUUGUAGUGAGAUGUUCAUUGCCCUCUUAUCAUGAAUGCUAUGCCUAAUGCUCGAGACAAUCUUCAAUAUUUAAAGAAAUGACGGAUGACUUUUCUUUUGGGGA